ACUCAAAUGUUUUCUCCCGUCUAUGUGUUCUUAUGUGUGUCUUCAUGCAGGGUGUGAACCGCAAAAACCGCCAAGAUGUCUGAGAAAAAGAUGACUUCCAGCCGCAGGCAUCACCUGAAGAGCCUGAUCCUUGGAAUCGCUCAGACCUGGCUCGAACAGGAGACAAAGGACAUCGCAGCGGCUAAGGCGGCCUACUUGGCCGAACACUGUCCCGCCCCGGACCUGAACGGAGACCUGAUGGAAUGCUGCAAGAAGCUCCACGCCCUCAUCGACAAGAUCGACGAGGAGCGGUACGACAUCGAGGCCAAAGUUCAGAAGGCAGACAAAGAGAUUCAAGAUCUGAACAUCAAAGUGGUGGAUCUGAGAGGUGUGAAGAAACCCGCUCUGAAGAAAGUACGUAUGUCUGCUGACUCCAUGCUGAAAGCUCUGCUGGGCUCCAAGCACACGGUCAACAUGGACCUGAGGUCCAACCUGAAGCAGGUGAAGAAGGAGGUGAAAGAGGAGCCUACAGAAGCGGUGGGCGACUGGCGUAAGAACAUUGAGGACAAGGCUGACAGGAAGAAGAUGUUCGAGACUUCCUAAACGCGUCGCUGCUGUUUGUCUUUCUGUUUAUAUGAACUCCACGUGUCUUAUAUGUGUUGGCUGAACCAGACGGUGAAGUCGCACAGGGCUGAACAGCAUGUUAGCAUGUCUGAACAGUGUCACUCUGUAGGAUAUUUAAGGUGUUUGAGGAUUUGUCUUGUUGUUUUUGUUGUUGUUGUUGUUGUUGUUUGUCUGGAGGGAGGUGGAGGAGUGUGGAGAGUUUCUGCAGGUUCACACAUCAACAACAAAGUCUUAAACUCCACACAUGAAGGGAAACAUUCACACAAACUGAACCAUGUUGAAAAUAAACAAUAAAAUUAAAUGUGGAAGAAAA